AUGGUGAAGAUCUGCUGCAUCGGGGCGGGGUACGUCGGCGGUCCGACCAUGGCGGUGAUCGCGCUCAAGUGCCCGUCCAUUGAGGUCGCCGUGGUUGACAUCUCCGCCGCCAGAAUCGCCGCCUGGAACGGCGACGAGCUGCCGAUCUACGAGCCGGGUCUCGACGAGGUGGUGAGGCAGUGCAGGGGGAGGAACCUGUUCUUCAGCGCCGACGUGGAGCGCCACGUUUCCGAAGCAGACAUCGUCUUCGUGUCCGUCAACACGCCGACCAAGACCCGCGGGCUGGGCGCCGGCAAGGCCGCCGACCUCACCUACUGGGAGAGCGCUGCCCGGAUGAUCGCCGACGUGUCCAAGUCCGACAAGAUCGUCGUGGAGAAGUCAACUGUCCCCGUCAAGACGGCGGAGGCGAUCGAGAAGAUCCUCACUCACAACUGCAACGCCGUCAACUUCCAGGUGCUCUCAAAUCCCGAGUUCUUGGCGGAGGGGACGGCGGUGCAGGAUCUCCUCCGGCCGGACCGCGUGCUCAUCGGCGGCAGGGAGACCGCCGCCGGCCGGAAGGCAGUCGAUGCGCUGAAGGACGUCUACGCCCGCUGGGUCCCCGCUGACCGGAUCGUCACCACCAAUCUCUGGUCAGCGGAGCUGACCAAGCUCGCCGCCAACGCCUUCCUGGCCCAGCGGAUCUCCUCGGUCAACGCCAUCUCCGCUCUCUGCGAGGCCACUGGCGCCGACGUCUCCGAGGUCGCCGCCGCCGUGGGGAUGGACGGCAGGAUCGGCCCAAAGUUCUUGACCGCCGGCGUCGGCUUCGGGGGUUCCUGCUUCCAGAAGGACAUCCUCAAUCUGGUCUACAUCUGCGAGCGACACGGCCUCCACGAGCCGGCGGCCUACUGGAAGCAGGUGAUCGAGGUCAACGACUACCAGAAGAGGCGAUUCGUCACCCGGGUCGUCUCCUCCAUGUUCAACACCGUCUCCGGGAAGAAGGUGGCCGUGCUCGGCUUUGCCUUCAAGAAGGACACCGGCGACUCGAGGGAAACGCCGGCGAUCGACGUCUGCAAGGGCCUGCUGGCCGACGGCGCCGCCGUCUGCGUCUACGACCCGCAGGUGACGGAGGACCAGAUCCGGCAGGACCUCGCGGCGGUGGGGGAGCCGAUGCGGCAGGUCGGCGUGGCCCGUGACGCCUACGAGGCCGCGGGAGGAGCCCACGCCAUCUGCAUCUUGACGGAGUGGGACGAGUUCAAGGCCCUGGACUACCGGAGGAUCUUCGACGGCAUGCAGAAGCCCGCCUUCCUGUUCGACGGCCGGAACGUCGUCGACGGCGGCGAGCUCCGGCGGAUCGGGUUCAUCGUCUACUCCAUCGGGAAGCCCCUCGAUCCCUGGCUAAGGGGCAUGCCCGCCGUCGCCUGA